UUGUCGGUGAUCGAUUGUGUUUGAGUUCCACGCCAAAAAUGGCGGACCGAGCGCCAGGAGGUUCUCAAAAGCCCAGCGCUAAGGCGCUGCUCGAGAGCAAACUAAAGUCUUUCAGCAUUGGCAAAAUGUCUGUGGCCAAGAGAACCCUGAGCAAGAAGGAGCAGGAUGAGAUCAAGAAAAAAGAGGACGAGCGUGCAGCGGCGGAAAUCUACGAAGAGUUCCUUGCUGCAUUCGAAGGCGGCGGCGAGGGGAAGAUCAAAGCUUUUGUUCGUGGGGGGAUCGCAAAUGCCACAAAAGAGGAGGCAGCAACAGAUGAGAAGAAAGGCAAACUGUACAAGCCCAAGUCUCGCUUUGAGUCCCAGUCCAAAAGCAUUCUGCCCCUGGAAACCCCACCUCAGUUCUUACAAGUAGACAAACGACAUUCUGCCAAGAAAAACACUGAAAAAGAAAAGAAGAAGAGCAACCUGGAGCUUUUUAAAGAAGAGCUUAAACAAAUUCAGGAGGAGAGGGACGAAAGACACAAGAUGAAGGGACGAGUUAGUCGUUUUGAACCCUUGAGCGGCACGGAGGGAAGACGUUCAUUUUUGGACGACUGCGCACCCGGUUCCCACGAUGUCGGCGACCCGUCCACCACUAACUUGUAUCUGGGAAACAUCAAUCCACAGAUGAACGAGGAGAUGCUGUGUCAAGAAUUUGGCCGCUACGGACCGCUGGCCAGCGUGAAGAUCAUGUGGCCCAGGACGGACGAGGAGAGGGCACGGGAGAGGAACUGUGGCUUUGUGGCCUUUAUGAACAGGAGGGAUGCCGAGCGGGCCCUCAAAAACCUCAACGGAAAGAUGAUCAUGAACUUUGAGAUGAAACUGGGAUGGGGCAAAGGCGUGCCCAUUCCACCCCACCCCAUCUACAUCCCUCCCUCCAUGAUGGAGCACACCCUCCCGCCACCUCCUUCGGGCCUCCCCUUCAACGCGCAACCCCGCGAGAGGCUCAAGAACCCCAAUGCGCCCCUGGUCCCCCCACCCAAAAACAAGGAGGACUUUGAGAAGACUCUGUCGCAAGCCAUAGUCAAAGUGGUUAUCCCAACAGAAAGGAAUUUGCUCUCUCUCAUCCACCGAAUGAUCGAAUUUGUGGUUCGUGAAGGCCCAAUGUUUGAAGCCAUGAUCAUGAACCGGGAAAUCAACAACCCCUUGUACAGGUUUCUGUUUGAGAACCAGAGCCCGGCGCAUGUUUACUACAGGUGGAAGCUCUACACCAUACUGCAGGGCGAAGCGCCGGUCAAAUGGCGGACGGAUGACUUUAGGAUGUUCAAGAACGGCUCCCUGUGGCGCCCCCCACCUCUCAAUCCCUACCUCCACGGUCCCUACGACGAGGGCGAGGACGAGGACGAAGAGGAGGACUCGCUCAAGAAGGGCUGCUUAAAAGAAGAUGAGCGAGACAAGCUCGAGGAGAUGCUGCGCGGCCUGACGCCCAGGAGGGGCGACGUCGCCGAGGCCAUGUUGUUUUGCCUCACUCACGCCGAGGCCGCCGAAGAGAUCGUGGAAUGCGUCACAGAGUCUCUCUCCAUCCUCAAGACUCCUCUCCCCAAAAAGAUCGCACGGUUAUAUCUGGUGUCUGACGUGCUGUACAACUCCUCUGCCAAGGUGGCCAACGCCUCCUACUACAGGAAAUAUUUUGAAGUGAAGCUCUGCCAGGUUUUUGCCGAUCUCAAUGCCACGUACAAAACCAUCCAAGGUCACCUUCAGAGUGAAAACUUUAAGCAACGUGUGAUGUCCUGCUUCAGAGCGUGGGAGGACUGGGCGGUGUAUCCGGACCCCUUCCUCAUCAAGUUGCAAAACAUAUUCCUGGGGCUGGUCAACCUGGCGCCCGAAAAGGAGCCCGUCGCAGUUCCCGUUGCGCAGCCCGAGCCCACGGAGGACAUCGAUGGCGCACCAAUAGGCGAGUUUGUGGACGGAUCGCCCAUCGAAGACGUAGACGGGCUGCCCAUCGACGGCGGGCCCAUCGACGGUGCCAUGAUCGACGGAGCCCCCCUGGACGACCUGGACGGCGUUCCCAUCAAGCCCACGGAGGAGGACAUCGACGGAGUCCCCUUCGACCAGUCCAAGGAGGCCACUUUCAAGGUGGCGCCCUCAAAAUGGGAAGCCGUGGACGAGUCGGAGCUGGAAUCUCAAGGUUCUGUGACCACAUCAAAAUGGGAGGGAUUUGAGCAGCCUGAAGAAGCCAAAAGGUAUGCGGAGAACAGCGACGACGAGAGGAGUCCCCGUUCGGCGGCGGCCACCCCGAGCUACUCCAACCCGAGCAGGGACGACGCGGACUUCAAGGCCAAACUGUCCGAAAUGAAUGAGGAAAAGCGAAGCAAGCUGCGGGAGAUAGAGGUCAAAGUCAUGAAGUUCCAAGACGAGCUGGAAUCGGGGAAGAGGCCCAAGAAGCCUGGUCAGAGCUUUCAGGAGCAGGUGGAACAUUACAGAGACAAACUGCUGCAAAAGGAGAAAGAGAAGGAGAAACAGGAGCGGGAGAAAGAGCGAGAGAAAAAGGACAAAGAGAAAGCGGACGCAAGGUUGAAAGAUUUAAAGAAGGAGAAGGAAGACACGCCGACCAGGAAAGACAAGUACUCGUCCCCGGCCGCCGAGAGGAAGCGGCGACACAGCAACUCUCCUAGCCCCAACCGUGGCGGCAGCAGGCGAGGUCGCUCGCCUUCCCCCCGCUCAGAGCGGUCAGAGCGCUCAUACUCAAAGGACACAUCGUCACGCUCGUCUCACAAGGACUCCCCGCGCUCGUCUGUCAAGAAGUCCUCAAAGAGAUCUCCGUCGUCCCCGCGCACACCCAAGCGCACGCGGCGGUCGCGCUCUCGGACGCCCAAGAAGUCCACCAAGAAGUCCCGUUCCAAGUCUAGGUCCCCGCACAGCCGAUCUCACAAAAAGUCCAAGAAGAGCAAACACUGACACCGACGACAACCUUUCAAAGCACCACCACCGCGUCACUUUGGAGUGGAACAGAGCUGACGGGGCUGUUGUAAUAUAAUGACAAUGAAGCGGGCUGGGGGAGGUUCUCCUUACUGUUUUAUAUUGUACAAAAAUUGUGCUUGUGUGUGUGUUUCCCCACAAACAUCCCCCCCCCCCCCCAGUGGAAUUGAUAGAUUAUGAUGACAAUAGGCCACCGUUUAUUCAUGCUGUCAUUUUCUGUUUUUGUAGUCCUCAUUGAAAAUAAUUCCUAAUAAAAGUUUCAUUUUCAAGCC